AAAAACAACAACUUUUAUAUAUUCUAUAUAAAAGUCCCUUUAUACUUAUAUGUUUUCUAUUCUCUUUACACUUUUGUGGCAAAUUACUUUAUGCUCCAUUAAACCAAAAAACAACAACAACAACAAAUUUAACUUAAAAAAUAGCUAACAAAACCAGGAUUACCUUUUUGUUAAAAUUCUCACGUUAUUCUUAAGAAAAAUUGUUGUUUUUUGUGCCGUCGGCCUUAAACAACAACAACUACUACUACUACAAUAUAAAAGGAUAUAAAUUCCCAAAAAAUGUGGUGUGGCAACUUCUUUAAGUUGCACAGAUUCCAGUACAGCUUCUAGUGAAGAUGCCUCAGAACCUGGUUCUCCCUAUAGUCCUCCUCAUUUGGGUUUAAUAAAUGAGGAACAACAGCAGAACCAACAACAACAACAACAAAACAAUCAACAAUUAAAACUGCAGUUACAGCAGCAACAAUUGGCUUUAAUUAGCAAUAUUAGUUUAACGACUAAAACAACAACAACUACUACAACUAGCACUAGCAGCAAUAUGUCACCCCAAACAAUACUCGUUACAAAUUCUGGGGCAGGCAAUGGAAGCAAUAGCAACAGCUCUAACAAAACUACUGGAGGCACUAGUCAAAACUUACAAAUGGCUGCCACAGCCAACACCUCAACAGCAUCGUCAUCAUGUACAUCAUCAUCAACAGCAACUUCAUUAUGUGUAAGAACUACAAAUCUGCCAGCUUCUUUGACUAUAACGCCCACCAGCAGCAGCAGUAGUAGCUCGAAUACUGGCCACAGCCAUAAAACUAAAUAUACAACAAAUGCAAAAUCCACUUGCAAUACUAAUAACAAUAAUAACAACAACAACAACAACACUGCCACAUUACGUUGUUCAAAUCUACCCACUUUACAAUGGCCUUGGAGUACAACACCAGCAUCAUCAACAUCAAUAUCAUCAUCGUCAACAGCGCCAAACGCCUCCUCAGGAUCUCAAACAUCCUUUUCCUCCUCAUCCUCCACAACUGCCAAUUCAUCAUGUUCUUCUGCCACUGUGACUUCAUCCUCUUCGGUGGUGGUCACUGCAAUACCCGCCACCGUAGCCACCAAUACCACUUACACCACAGCUCAAAGCAAAAAACGUACAAUAGCUCCUUAUCUAGCAAAUGCUGAAAUCACUACUAAUCCCUCAACAGCCAAAAAAUCACGCUUAAACAAUAGCCAUGGCUCAGGGCCCCCAGAUAACACACAUGCCACUACUUUAGCGCAUAAUAGCAAUAAUACGGGAGCUAAAAGACUGAAAGCAGCCGCUUUAGAAGAGUCACAAACCAAAAUUACUGGUUAUUUUAAAUCGCAAAUGAAAGCACAAAUGCAGGCCAAUCAUAGUAAAGCCUCUAGUGUGGUCUCCGCCAGUUUGGCCUCUUGCAGUGCUAAUAAUUCCAUAACCACGAAUGCUUUAACUAUGAGUGCUCCCGCUACCACCGCUUCUCUUAAUAAAUAUUUCAAUAUUUUGGCUCAAUUAAAGGAAAACAAUAAACAGGUCUCGCACAGCAGUAAUACCGCCAAUCAGGCUUCGGCAAAAAGCAACAAUAACUUUAACAGUAUAGCUAACACACCACAAAAUACAAAACCGGUGACUAGCGCCCACAAUCUAAAUACUUUGCCCAGUAUCACCACAGUUAAUGCCAACUCGAAUCCUGUCGGCGGCGCUUCAGCAGCCAAUACAUUUGUGGCUUCCACUAGCAAACCAGCUGUUAACAAUUUGUCCAUACAACCUGUGCCAAUGCCUGCAUUAAAGAAAAUCGAACGACCCAAACCUACCAAAAUAGCCCAGGUGGCUCCUAAUUUAAGAAAAACUCCCUCCAAUAGCCAUCAUUCGUAUCAUCAACAUUCUGGCGCUAACACAGGGAAAUCUCCCGCCAAAAAGCAUGUGGCCAUAGCUCCACGUACACCCGAAAUGAAACAACAAAUGCAGCAGCAACAACAGCAGUUAAUGGCUAGUAAACAGGACAACAACAACAAACAUCCUUUAACAUUAAUGGCUGCUCCCGCCUCAACAACAACAAACACACAAUUAACUGCAACAGCAGCAGCUGGGGCAACUACAGCUAAUGCUGCACCAGCGGUUUUAUUAACUGCCAUACGUUUGCCUACCAACCCCACCAACAACAUACAAACGUCAACGGCCCAAGCAUUAACGGGUAAAUUGGCCACUACUGCCAAUAAACUAACAAACUCCUCCUCGAACUCACCAUCAACAGUGGCCGCCUCUGCCACCAAUAAUGCUCUAACGGCAGCGCCACCACCUCCACCUCCCGCCACAGCCACUACGUUAUAUCAAUUGCCCGCCGUACAAUUACCAAAUCUAGUCCAAUUGCCUCAACUAUUGGCCGCCAAUGGAGCCAAUAUUAUGCAAUUAAACAAUCUAGCCACGGCAGCCAAUAUGGUGAAAAACGCCCAAGCUAAUAACACACAGAAUCCCAACAACACAGCCGGCAACAAUCAAACACAAUCUACCCAACAGGCGGCACAGGCAGCAGCGGCUCAAAUCUUUUUAAAUGGCACUGUUUUUAAACUGCAACAGUUUACAACAGCCACAACAACUACGGCCACUUCGGCCGCCAUGGCAGCCCCCACUAAUACAGGCAACCCUUUUAAUCUUUUGAGUGCUGCUGAUCUGCAAGAUUUGCUAAUCAAACAGCAGCAGCAACAACAGUUACAGCAAUUGCAACAACAAAAAGCCAAUUUAAAUACUUUAACAGCGGCGGCCUCAGCUAAUAGUUUUCAGGAAAUAUUCCAGCAACAAAUAGCCGCCGCCAUAGCUGCUAAUCAGCAGCAGCAACAGCAGCAGGCUCAACUGCAGCAAUUGCAGAGACUAGGAGCAGCUGCUAAUAUACAACAGCAACCGGUUUUUAUGGCCACACCAGCAGGUCUUUUACUUAAUGCUGCUUCAUUGCCGGCCAUGUUGGCUCAGGCGGCAGCUGCCUUGGCAGUUAAUCAUCAACAACAGCAGCAACAACAACAGCAACAAAAGGCCAUAGCAUUGCCGGCCUUGCAACCCAUACAACCGGCUCCUUUACCGGCUUUAAGUUCAAUUUUUGCUCCUCCUCCUCCACCAGCGCCUCAAACUGGGGAACAACAACAACAACAACAGCAGGAUUUGCAGCAACAACAACUACAACAAUUGGCUUUGGCUCAACAGCAAUUUAUUAACAGCAACCAACCUCCUCCCUUGGCCACAGUGGCUUUAACUAAUGCAGCACAACAGCAACAGCAACAACAAUUAACGCACAAUACUAACUGCAACAAUAACUCAAAUAUCAAUACAAUCUCGAAUAAUUUAACAGCAACUGCAACAAGCCAGCAACAACAGCAGCAGCAGCAGCUAAACACCACUAACCCAACCCUAAUGACAGUAGCAACAGCCAAUAAUAUAAACAACACAACGACGACAACGACGACAACAACAACAACCAACAACACUGCCAAAUUGGCAAUAGUAAAAGCCAAUAACAACAAUGUUUUAGCCACUAACUAUACAACCUUAAGUUCUCAACCACCACCCUUAGUUACCAUAUCAAAUAGAGGCAACACUGGAGCUAACUCACUCAACUCGAAAGCCCAACAAAAUAACCCCAAACCGUAUCAAAAACGUCAAACAAAUGGAAAACAACAGACCCUAAGUGGGAAAUCGGUUAAUAAAUCACCGGGAGGUAAAAUAACCACAGCCUCAGGUAAAAUAAUAGCUACGCCAACAACACCGCCUCCACUGGUGCCCACACUAACAGCCAAUCAACAGCAACCGGUAGCCUUGACCUCAGCCCCUGCCAAGGGCGUCAGGGCAACUAAUUUAACCAAAUCCCAUAGUAGUGUCAAUAGUAAAAUGCCUACACCCGCUUUGGUAAGCAUUUCCAGCACCAGUACUACUGCCAUACAGCCCAAAACAACGCAAUCUUUAGGCUCGAAUAGUGUUACCAUAAGUCCGGUAAUGUCGGCCACCAAGACAACACAAUUGGUUAAUAUAGCUCCCAAACUAACAACAGCCAGCAGUACGCAGACCAUGGUGGCUAUGAAAACGGGUAAUCUAAUGAAUUUAAGCAGCAGCAGCAGCAACACUUCUUCCUCAGCUGUAACAAAAACCAAAGUAAGCGUGAGCUGCAGCAGCAGCAGUAGUGUGAACACAAAACCUGUCAUUUCAGCUAGUUCAGCCACCACCACCACCAACACCACCACUCCCACAGAUCUCUUUGAUUUAGUUAAAAACUCUAAUGGAGCUAUAAGUAUAACACCAGCUCCUGUUAUAGCAGCAGCAACCGUAGCCGCACCAGCUAGCUUUAAUUUAAGCUCCAACUUUGUGCAAAGCAAUAACUUUAAAAAUAUUAGCAGCAGCUGCACCAGCAACAACACCACUACAACCUCCACAACUUCGCUUAAAACUUUGGAAAGUUUAAGUAAAAUUAAAGAUGAACCUGUGGACGAUUCCCUAAGCCAAACGUGCAUAAACAAGGAAAAGGAUUUGGUUAAAUGUGAAAAUCCUAUUACCUUCACAGGACAAAUUCCGGGCAAUUUGAAAAUCAAACAAGAACAGGAUGUUUUAAGUACCAAUCAUGAGCUACAAGAAACAGUCCAACCUAAUAACUUACUCAAUAAUGAGUGUUCUUCUUCUUCCUCCUCCUCCUCAUCAUCAUCGUCUUCAUCAUUUAGUUCAAAUUCCAUAACAGUAUCUUCAGCAGCCGAUUUAUCGCUAGAGGCCUCUACACCAGCCUCCAUAACUAGCUCAGAGCCUCAUUCACCGCCCUGCUCCAUAUUGUCUCCUUUAAAUAACAACUGUGCAAACUCAGUGACUCCCAAUCCCUGUUCAAACUCCAACUCUUUAAGUGAUUCGAAUUCCUCAAAUUCCUGCGCCAUGGGAGCCUCUUCAAGGGAUAUGCUCAGCGAAAUGGUUACCUCUACUUGCAUAUCCUCCGAUUCCUCGGAGGCUAGUAUAAGUGUAACACUAACGGAGAAUGAGGAAAGUAAAUUGAGUUUGACAGAAGAUAAGUCCGCUAGCUGUAGCCAAGAAAAUGAUAAACCCUCACGGGAAGUUAAUACACCCGAAUCGGGUAUUGGUGGCAGUCUUAGUAAUACCGAAAGUAUGGAUUCUUCUUCCAAAUCUUCAAGUGGUGAAAUUUCCUCUUCACAUUCAUCUUCGGAAUCCACAUCAUCGGAUAUACUCAACUCUCCUGCUUCAUUACAAUCCGAACCACAAACACCACCCGCUACACCCAUGAUACAGGACACCAUCAGCAAUGAGGAAUCACAAAAUGAAACCUCCUCCUCUCUAACUUCCUCGCUAACGCAGCCUCAACCAUCCUCAGAUUCGAACUCCAAUUCGAAACAAUCAUCAACUUCCUCCAGCUUAACGUCUCUACAAUAUUUUGAUUUACUCUCCACCACCAUAGAUACGGAAGCCUUUACAAAAGAUGCACCCAAAUGUGCCAUCUCACCCAUACUCUCACAACCCAAAACCAUACGUUUUCCCGCCAAUGGUGGUAAAGGUAAUAAACGACAUGAUGGUGUCUGCUAUUGGCAUAAAUGCAAUAAGAAACAUGAUAGCAAUUCCAAGCUAUUGGAUCAUAUGCAACAUCAACAUGUUAAUACCCAAACGGGACCCUUCUCCUGUCUCUGGGUGGGUUGUAAGGUAUAUCAAAAGGAAUCCUGUUCACGUAGGUGGCUGGAAAGACAUGUUCUCUCGCAUGGCGGUUCUAAGCAAUUCAAGUGUAUUGUUGAGGGUUGCGGUUUAAGAUUUGGUUCUCAGUUGGCUUUACAAAAGCAUGUUAACAAUCACUUUACCGCCACCGAAAAUAAGGAAAGCACUAAUAAACGCACUUCAGAUCCUCCGGUACCCAAGCAAUUGCGUAAAAAUGGCAAAAAAUUACGCUACAGACGUCAACCAUUUUCCGCCCGCAUGUUUGAUUUCUUUGAUGCUGGCAUUAUGGAGGGUUUACAACAUCGUUUACGUCAAAUUUCUACUUUAACCAAUGGCUGUAAUUCAAUUACAUUCCAAGGUCGAUGUAUUAUGAAACGUAAAAACUUUGCCGGAAAUAUGGAAUGUUUUGUUCAGUGGUCACCAAGAGAAAUAAUUUCCGAUGAAUGGCUGCCCGAGUCAACGGAACCUUUCCUGAAAACUGUAAAUAUUAAACAAAUGAAACCAGCUGAAAAGAAUAAAGUUGAAAGUCUGCUAAUGACAGCCUACAAAAUGCCCUAUUCACCAACUAUCUUUGAAAAUGAUUAUGCAUUAAGUCAACAAUAUCAGCGAACGAGUGAAAAACAGGAUAAAGAACAAGAAACUGAGAAUGAUAAUGACGAUGAAGAAGAAGAAGACGAGGAAGAUAAUGAGGAGGAAGAUGAAGAAGAGGAAGAUGCCACCACAACGGCCGAAACAAUAUCAAGUUAUCAAAAUGUUUUAACCAUAACCAAUAUACAAAUGCAACAACGUAAAAAACAUCCUAGAAAACCACAAAAUCGUAUUAUAAUAACACGUUAAGAGAGUAAAAUAGAGAGCGAGAGAGAGAUGUCGCUCUUUUGCUUAAGUGGUGCUGUUUAAGAAAUAAACAAAAACAAAACAACAAAAAGUAUUUCCUGUAACAAAUUAAAGCAACAAAACCCCCCUUUUAGUUGUAAUUUACUUAUUUUAUUUUAUUUUUUUAUAUUAUUGUUUUAAUUUAAAUUAGUUUUUAUUUUUGUAAAUAGUUAUUUUUUAUAUUUUAUAUAAAAUUGUAAAUUUUUUUUAUUAAAAAAAAAGUAGUAAAAAAACUUAAAUUUAGUUUUAAUUAAGAUUUUUUUAAACUAAACUUUUCUUUUGAAAGACAAACGAGCCACAGUGACAACAUUUAGUUUUAAUUUUAUUUUUUAUUAAAAAAAUUUUCUUUAUUAUAAAAAGAAAUUUUCUUAUAAUUGAUGUAGUAGCCAGGUGAUAUGAUAUUUUUAUUAAAAAAAUCCACACACAAUUUAAUUAAAUAAAAAAAAAACGUAAAAAAUAAAUGUCGUAAAAUGUAAAAAAAAGUUUUUAAUAAAUGUGCGUAAAUCAAUAGGCAAUAUCACUGCCAUAUAUUUAAACAAAAAGAAAAAAACCCAACCCUGUAUGUAAUAUUAUUAACAAAAACACUCAAAAAUAUUAUUAAUUAAUUUAAUUUAUAUAAUAAAAAAAAAACAAAAAACAUACAAAA